AUGAGCCCAAUCCAGCAGCUGCAGUCCGCCCGGGCGCUCGCCCUGGGCGACGGUAGAUACUAUCCUACCAUUAUACCGGGCGUGCUGCCCAUCAUAAGCUUCAGUGCAGACCAGAGCCUCGAGAUUCAACGAUGGGGCGCUGAUUUCCUGGCUGAGGCCUUCGCAUCACCAGCAUGGCCAUCAGACGUGAAGGAAAACAGUGCGCCGUCAGUCCUGGCGACGCUGAAUGAUUUCCUGGACAACGUUGACGACAAGAGCGUCAUCAAGAGCUCCGUGCAAGCGGCUGCCAGCGUGUACCCGCUUGUCUACAGACAUACUGUCCACAACGCCAACGAUGCCCAAUAUUGGGAGCUCAUGUCAGCUAUCAAAACAAACAUUUUACGACGAAUGGACACAGCCCCGCCGGGCGUGCGCGUGUGCUGUGUCAAGUUCCUACAACAGGUCAUCUUAGUACAGACACCUGGCGUCGUCGAUCCAAGGGUGAAUAAUCCCACCCCUCAAGACACUACGCACUCUCACACAUCACAGCGACCUGAUCACAGCGAUAUCUCCCUCGCUCUCGUACCCCGCGAUCAUCCUCUCAUAUCAUACGUGAGCCUCGAGGCAGAAGGGCAUGGACUGCUCGACCGAUUGUUGGAUAUCAUACAUGGCGAUCACAGCGAUGGUCUGCUUGUCACAGCAACGCUCAACACACUGGGUGUGCUGAUGCAACGAAGACCGAUUGCUGCCAACAAGAUACUGACCAGCAUCUUGAACUUCAAUCCUUUGAAGCUUGCCCGUUCUCCAUUGACACCUAAGAACAAGGUCAUUAUGAAGUCGAUCGAGCGCACAACAAGAUCGCUUUUGAUGAAUAUCAUGAAGAGGGAUCCGCAGAAUCCUAUCAACGGGCGCAUACAGCAGUUUCUAGAACGCAUGCACCGUACGCGCGUCGAAAUGAUUGACGAGGUUAACCGCAAACGACCUGCUCCUAGUGAGCCAACUGAUGGCCUUGACCAAGCCAAGAGGCAGCGAGUAGCCGCGGGUGCUCCUACUGCCGUCACUCAAGAUGCCAUGCCUGUUGCACCACCGCUACCACCAGGCCCAGUGAGCUGGCGCCAAUUGUUUACACUGAACCCUGAAGGCAGUACGGUUAAUUUUGACGUGCAAGCCUUCCGAGACCCAGAGCAGCUGGUGAGGAUACUCGUGCCAGUGCUACAAUCAGUGGACCAGGUCAAGCUGGGCCAUGCUAUGAACAUCGUUCGCUCUCGGUAUCUAAAUCUCUGUCAAGCUAUGCCUCGUGGCGGCGCCGCACAACCCACAGCUUCUGCAGCCGAAGACGAAGAAGAAUAUGAACCUGAUUUCGAGCCCGAAGAUAUGGAACAGAUUAACAACAAACUAGACGGUCUUCCACCGACUGAUCUGGCGUUUCAAGCAGGCCCAUCUACAUCGUUAGCGCCGUACAAGCUCCCCGAAGCGCCUCCGUUGUCAGAGCAAGAAGUCCAGAGAUACGGUGCUAUGACAGUACAUCGAGCUUUCAGCAUGCUCAGUGGCGUCGAUGAUAGCCAGAAGAGCAAGGUCACCAAAGGUGGUUUCAACAGACUAGCAGCAAGCGACUACGGCCGUGACGCAUGGGUUACAAUCCUCUCACGACUAGCCACAAGAGCCAGCGCCGGUCUCAAUGACCCCCAGGAAGGCAUCAAAGACGAGUACGACGUCCGCAAUAAUAAAGGAAGCCUCAAUAUCAGCGAUACCGUCCGGGACGGCAUGUACAACUACAUCAUCUCCGACUGGAAAAAGCGCAUCGAUGUUGCUACCCUCUGGCUGAAUGAAGAAUGGUACAACGACACGGUGCUCGCCCAGUCGAAGGACAUCCACACUAACGGUACCGCGAACGGAGACACGUUCACCUCUGUUCUCAAUUCACCAAAUGGCAACUACCAACGCUGCGCACUCCGUCUUUUCGACGGCAUAUUGCCAUACGUCGAGCACACAGACAAGAUCAUCCUGCGCUUUCUAUCCGAGGUGCCUGCGCUCAACUACGAAAUCCUGGUUCGAUUGAAGAAGAUGGCUGAGGAUCCGGAACGCAUCGAUCUAGCGUGCAGUGCGCUGCAUUAUCUCUACAUGUUCAGACCACCUGUAAGGGAUAUCGUCGUCAAUGUUCUCACAGAGGUCUAUCAAACGAACGAUCGCGCGAGGCCAAGCGCGAGAAAAUUGCUUGCCAGGUGGAAACCAGAAGUCUUGGGAGAAGAAGCGCAGCCGACUGUCAAGCCAGAGGAGGGUCAGAUUGCGAAUGGACCAUUAGAGGUCAAAGCUGCCUCAUAA